AUGGACAAGAAGUUACCAAUGAAAUUAAGUGGUGGCAGACAUGUCCAAGGAAUACUGUGGGGAUUUUAUCCCUUUAUGAAUCAUGUGAUAGAUGAAUGUGUGGAGAUGGCCACCAGUAGGCAACGGAACAAGACUAGAAUGGUGGCAAUAUGA